AAAUUUUCCUUAUCAUAAUUUUAGUAUGCAAAUAAUUCAAGAUGACAUGAUAAUGAAUAACUCAGUGAUAGAUUUAAGUUUGACAGAGAAGGAAAAAAUUAAAUCAAUAUGUUAGCAGUUAAAGAAUAUUUGUACUGUUUCUUAAAAACUCUUGACCCCUUAAUUGACCUAAAAACGAAUCAGGAAAUAGAGAGUAUUGAAAAAAAUGUUAAAAAAUCAUACCUUAGAAAAAUAGUCAAGUGACAUUCAACCUAAAAAGACUAAUCCAAAUUAUUUUGAAGUAUUUCGAAAUGAAUUGGAAGAAAAGAUUGCAUUAAUUAGUGGAUUAUAGCAAUGGAUACAAUAGCUAAAGUUGACGAUGUCUCAAAUAUGAGUUAUGAAAAUAAUCAUUUUUCUUAAAUUCUUUAUAAAAAAAAAUCAGAUGUCUUAAUAAUUUCCUUGAACUAUAAAUUGGAAGUGCCAAAAGACUUAGCUAAAGAGAUAUUUUAUCAAACCCACCG